UAACUACCUAUCACCACUAUCACUUGCAUCCCAAAAAAAUAUUUAAGAUCACUUAAAUUAUCUACUUCAAAUUUACAUAAUACGACAUACAUUAUAAGUUAGAAAUCUUAAUUUUGCCGUCAAGAAUCCUGCUCUAGCGGAAGCGCACCGUUUGAUAUCAAUAUUUCUUACUUCAUAUUUUGAUUAAUAAUAAUAAUUACCUAUUAUUUAUUAGUUAUUACUAUUAUCUUAGCUUCGUCUUGCGCGUCAGUAAGUUACGAUUGGAGACGACGCGCGGCGAUCGAGGUGCCGCGGUGGUUGUGUACUUUUGACUGGCGGUGGUGUAAUAUUGAUAAGACGGUCGCUGAUAAUUGUUAUGUGCGCAUCUAUUAUCAAUAUUAUCAUUAAAUUAUUCCAAUCAUUUAAAUUUGAAUUUUUUCGCGGAUAAUUCACGUAACGUCUGCGGGUGGUCCAUCGAGCUUUGCGGUCACCGUUUCCGGUGAGUACGAAUUUGAUUUUUCGCCUUUGUCGUUACGAACAGCGGUCGGUCACGUACGUACGCCGAUGCGGUCAUUGUAUCAAUAUUUGUCAAUGCAACACUUCUGUCGACGCGGCCUUUGCAGUCACUAGACCGGACUUGACGGCGACAAUCGCCUUCCCGUAUCUAUUAUUCUCACACGUACUUCUUCAGAUGGUGAACGGCUGCGAGAUGAAUGGGGUGGCCGUGACGGAUUCGGCCGUAGCGGAUUCGGACAUGGCGGACUCGGACGUGACGGUAGGACCGUCCACAUCGUCUGCUAGGUCCAAUAAGCGGCGUAUGCGCGGCACCACCAGCCGCACCGUCACCUUGCAAAUGCUGUUGGAUACAAACAUACUCGAGCCGGGCAACUCUGUCUUGUCACUCGAGUACAUGGGUCAACGAUUUAUGGGAGAUUUAUUACCAGAUGGUAAAAUCCGAUCAGUUGAGACUUUAAAUGAAUUUGCAUCUCCUAGUGCAUGGGCCUAUAAUUGUAAAAGUAUAAUUAACAAAAUAAAAAAAGCUGGCUGUGGUUGGUCAUCAAUUCGGUAUAAAGGAAAGAAAUUGGAUGCAUAUAAGCAUGCAUAUUUUAGAAAAAGAGAAUCUUCAAAUAUAGAGCACAAUAUAGUUCCAGUUGAAGAUAUGGAAUCCGAUGUCUCGUAUGCAAUUCAAAAUGAAGUUUUACCACUGAUUCCAUCAAUUGAGUCACCUGUUGCAAAAGAACCUAUAAAAUUUUGUGAAAUUCGUUCAAGAUCUAGUAAUCAAAAUCUCAAUACAUUAGUGGAAUGUACAGAUUGGUCUUAUAUUAAUAAAGUCCAACCAUUUCAUGUUAAUAUAUCAGCAAAUGCAAAAUUAUUACUAGAUUUUCACUGUCAUCUGAUGAGUUCAGAAGUUGUUGGGUAUCUUGCUGGAAAUUGGGAUUUUUCUACACAAACACUGACUGUGAAAAACGCAUACCCAUUCAGAAGUCGUCUACAUGAUGCGGAACUCACGUCAUUGAUUGAAGAAGAAAUACGAAACACGUUUACAGCCAAAAACAUGGUACUAGUUGGAUGGUAUCAUUCGCAUCCUGAAACAAUCGCUACUCCCACAUUAAGAGAUAUCGAGGCCCAACUUGAAUAUGAAGUACAAAUAAAAGGACCGACUGUUGAAUCGUACAUUCCGUGUGUUGGAAUCAUUUGUUCUCCUUACGACAAAGGAAAAUCUACCUUUGAUUCAACUAUCACGUGUUAUUGGGUACUACCAUCAUUUGAAAAUGAAAUACACGAUUAUGGACGUCCAAUGAACAUGCAUUUUACUACUAAACCAGAAAAAUCAUUAACACUAGAUAUUGUUAUGGCAUUAAAAAAAUGUGUAGAUUUCAAUAAAUAUGAUCCGGACGUAAUCAAUUUUAAAGAUAAGUACAAAAACGAUGUGACUUAUUUGGAAAAACUUAAGAUUUCAUUGAUGGACAAAUUUCCAAAAGAUGAUACAAUACACCGGUUUUUAUGGAAUUUCCUAAGUGAAAUAGUUUGUAUUGGAAGUUCAGGUGAUACAGCCAAAAAUAAUUUGCAAAAUUUGAUUUCUGUAAUCUCAUCACGUCAACUCUUUCUGUCAACAUCAAGUUUUCAAACACCAAAUGCAUUGGUUGAACAUUUAGAGUCUUAUUUGAAAUCAUGUAAUGCUAACAGUUUGACGUUAGAAGAUAUUCCUACAACUAGUGAUUGGUCAAACAUAACCUCAGCGAGUAUUGCCAGUUCUCUAUUUAACGAUUUAGACUUUUCUAAAGCAAUGUCUUUGAUAGGCCUAUCUCCGUCACGGUAUCAAACAGAUCCUUUAAAAUAGACUUAGAACCUUUUAAAUAAAAUUUUUU